AUGGUCAACGGUGUGGCUAUUUGGCUCCUUUGCGGACUGGGACUCAUCAGUGCAAACCAGUUAAGGGACGAACUUCAGUUGGCUCAUCACCGUUUAAGUGUUCUUAAGACAACAUUGCCGCAAAGAAUUGACUAUGAGAAAAUUGACACCCGGGUUAUUAGUACGGAUGAUUCGCAAUGCCAGGCAGAUAUGACAGAGCUUCUUGGAGGUUUGAAAUCGGGCAGUUAUUGGGCACUCAAAAUGCUCGAUUCUUGGGGCUCCUUUCCUUCAGGUCUGCUGUAUGGAACUUUUUACAAUCUGGGAAACUUUGACGAGUGCAUUAACAUUCAUGAAGCGAUCAGCAGCAGCCAAACAAUUCAGGGAAAGUAUUGUUUUAUGGCAGUGCCUCUAAAGGAUAUUUUGGACACUGGAAUUGGAUCCUUGGAAGGCAUGCAAAUUAAGAUAGCUACUUGUUUUCCGGCCUCCUGUUCAGCAACUCAAAUGGAAAUGUUCGCCAGCAAACUUUAUCAAAGUGUUUUUAAUUUAAACAAAACAAUAGGGAUGACUAUUGAGGAAGAUGGUUGCCAGACAAGCGAUCCUGAGCCCUGGGAUUGGCUCACCAUUUUUACAAUUGUAAUAUUAUCAGUGCUGACUUUGGUAGUGAGUAUCUGCACUCUCUACGAUUACUUUUUGUGUGAGAAUCAGAAACAUCGUCCAGCCGUUGUAAAAAUCGUAUCCGCUAGAGCAAAUUCUAGAGCUCUUUUCCGUCUCGUAGAUGGAAGCUCUAACCCGAAUGUAAUUGACUGCCUGAAUGGAAUUCGAUGCAUGUCUCUCAUUUGGGUUGUUUUUCUCCAUGAGCACAUGUAUUCCCUUAUUUCACCAAAUAUUAACUUCACCUAUGCAUUAUCGUGGCUGGAGAAGCCUUUUUCAAGCUUUUUUGUUCACGGCUAUUUCUCAGUGGAUUCGUUUCUUUUUAUUGGAGGCUUACUAGUUUCCAUGACUGCCCUGCGCACCAUGGAAAAGACCAAGGGAAAACUAAAUGUGCCCAUGAUGUAUGUACACCGCAUUAUUCGAAUCCUCCCCGUUUUGGCCAUGGCCAUCCUGAUCUACGUGAAACUCAUGCCAGUUGUUAGUGGCGGACCACUUUUCAAAAGUGGUUUCCACGGCAAAGAGGAGUGUGUUAAAGGCUGGUACUGGGAUAUGCUUUUUGUCCAGAAUUACGUUUCGGAAAGUUGUCUGGAUCAGUCUUGGUAUUUAGCGGUGGACAUGCAGUUGUAUAUCCUGUCGCCAAUUCUUCUGAUUGCUCUCUAUAAAUGGGGAAAGAAGGCAGCUGCGGGCAUUGCUGUGGUGGUGGUUUUACUUUCUGGUUGUCUGUUUGGCACCCAAAUGGUCAACCAUUAUUCGAUGAGUAUAAAAAAUGGCGGUGGUGAUGAUGAAGCAAAUCGAAAGCUGUAUUUGGCCACGCACACUCAUGCUGCUCCUUGGCUGAUUGGAUUCCUGUUCGGUUACUUCCUGCACCUGAAUCGUGGCAGGAAAUUCGAAAUGAGUCGACUGGUUGUUUGGUCCGGUUGGAUCCUCAGCUUGGCCAUGAUCUUCACCUCAAUUUUCGCGCUCUAUCCUUCUGGAAAGUGGAGUGCUCCUCCUCUGCCAACUGUGGAGGAGUCCCUGUACUACACACUCACUCGAGUUGGUUGGCCUUUGGCCUUGUGCUGGGUGGUUUUCGCCUGCAUGCAGGGCUAUGGUAGUCUGGCCAACAGCUUCCUCUCCUCGCCUUUGUGGCAACCACUCUCGAGGCUUUCCUACUCCGUCUUCAUCUGGCACAUGUUUGUCCAGGAGGUGAACAGCAGGAAUGUGAGGACCAGCACUUACUUCUCAUCAUACAGAGUGAUGCUUAACUUCUGGUCGGACUUUGGCAUCAGUCUGGUGAUGUCCUUCGUUUUGUAUCUCAUUAUUGAGGCACCAAUUGGUGGGUUGGAUGCCCUUUGGCGUCCAAGAGGGAAUGUGAAGCCAUCAGCAGUCAAACAACCAAUUUUGACUUCUGUUGUCGAGCAAGAGAAGUCGAAUGCCGAUGAAACCGAAAAUAAACAAACUGCUUGAACUGAUUGAUAUUAA